CUCGACUUCAUCCGGGGAGCGGAAAAAAAGCACCUUGCUCCUUCUCCACCGCCCCAAUCGCCGCCCUUCCUUGCUUUGGCGCUCCUUCUUACUCCGCCAUCCCUCACCUCCCCUCCCCUCCUCUCCGGCGGGUUCCGACCCAUCCGACUUCAAGGCCUGAGAGGCUUCUGCGUUCUUUUCCUCAGAUUUUGAGAUUUUGUAAAAGGAGUGGAUGCACAAGGGUAUUUCUGCAUAUUCAUUUUUAUUAUAGGAAAGAGAGACUGGAAGAAAUAAUAGGUUGAGAUGGAGGGGGUACCAGAAAGAGAGGCUGCUGCUGCUAGUUCACAGGUCACCAGGGUCUUUAUUGGUGGUUUAAGUGCUAGCGUAACAUCUGCUGACAUCGAGAAGACAUUUGCCGCACUUGGCAGAGUGAACAGCGUGGAGUUUGUCCGUGACCGGAGCCUCGCCUUCAUGGAUUUUGAGCCCAACUCUGAUAAAGCUCUGGCAAAGCUUUUUGCAACUUAUAAUGGAUGUACUUGGAAAGGAGGGAAGCUUAGACUUGAAAAGGCUAAAGAGCAUUAUCUUGCUCGCUUGAAGCAAGAGUGGGCAGAAGAUGCAAAACUAGCAACAGCAGUUAAUCAUGAUAUAAAGAAAGAUGCAGACUACCUGAAAAUGUCAGAACAUUUGAACCAGGAGAAGAUGCAGCUUCGAAUUUUCUUUCCAAGACUGAGAAAGGUGAAGACAUUGCCAUUUAAAGGAACAGGCAAGCACAAGUACAGUUUCCAACGAAUGGAAGCUCCUCCUCUCCCAAUUCAUUUCUGUGACUGUGAGGAACAUUAUGAAUUGUCUAAAACAGUGAGCCAAGAUUAUCUUUCUUCUUUGAACAAAGCGGCAAAUGAGAAAGAGAGAAGUAUUAUGACUUCUGUGAUGAAUAAGCUCUUUGAAAAGGAAGAAAAUGAAAUGGCUGCCUCUGGAAUGCUCAAAUUAGCUAAAAAUGAAAACACUUUGGACCCCUCUAAUAAUGAUGUUCAGAAGAAAGAAACAGAGGAAAUUCAGGAGGCAGAUGCAGACAAUCUAGUGACCAACAUUGGGACGGGACAAAGCGAUGACAUGCUAGCACAGUUAAGAGGAAGGGAAACACUGUCCGUGGAUCAGGAAUCGAGAUUUUCCAAGUUCAAACCUUUUAAAAAUAAAUUGAUGCGAAAUAAGACACAUUCUGAGAAACAGCAGAAAACUGCACUGUCUGUUACUUCAGAAGUUGUGUUGAACCAGGAAUCUGGUCCAACUGUGGCUGGCAAAACCAUUGAAGAUGAAUUCACUUCUAUACUGCCUAGAAGUAAAAUCCCGGAGGGCUGUCAAGAAUUGGAGACUGUUACAGAAGCUCCAGUUCUCAACAGCCAAACUGAACUGGAAAGGAGUACUGCUGAAUCAACAAGAAGUAACUCAUGGAUACAGAAAUCCUCAUGGAAAGAUCUUGUUGGAGGGUUGGGCAACACCUCAUUCAGCAUAUCAAAUGUAUUGCCGGGCAUCAGUUCGCUGGAAACAAAGCUGUCAAAUGCUAGCGACCCAGGCACAAUCACUUCUGCUGCAUCAAAGAAGAGGAAAGUUCAGUCUAAAGCAGAGGGUUCCAAGCCCUUCGAAGUUGAGCGAAACAUCCAACAAAAGCGGGAUGUCGCACCUAAUCUUGUUGAGAUGCUGCAGAAGGGAGAUCGGAACAAAGCAGCUGUGGAAGACGGAAGUAGAGAACCUCAGGAAAAUGGCCAACAGCAACACAAGAGGACUAUUCCAAAAGUAAAUAUUGGUGAAGUUUGCACUUUCAUGAGGAGUGCCGAGUCCGAGAAGCAGUGGACAAAGGCCAAAUCAGCUCUGAGCAGGUACCUCAAGAAGAAAAACAAUGAGAACAAGGACUCUUAAGUUGUUGAAAGGCAUGUCAACUCAUGGGCAAUGACCGAGACAACAUGACCGGUAAUUACAGGCUCAACGGCAGAAUCUAAUUUAGGAAUAGGUGGAGUAAUUUGUUCCUGAUCUUUACUCAUUUAAAAAGACAUUUUUUCCUCAUUCCAAACUCUGUAUACUUGUAUUGACAUCCGAGGAUUGUUUAUUUGGAUUCAUCUUUUUCCUCAAUGUUAACUAAAAUCAAAUGACUGUUGAAACAGACUCAGACUGGAUCAGCAAAACAGAAAUUUGGCUUGCCGCAUUCAGAAAAACAAAGGCCUUCCUUUUUUUUUGGCCA